UAUUCAGCCUUGAAGUUUUUCCGCGCAACUACUCACGCCUAAGUUGUUUACAAGUGUUUUGGCUAAACAUGGCAGUUUAGAGUCCGUGAUAGCUAAAGCUCAAAGGCUGUAAAAACAAUUUUAACGAGUUAUUUAAAUUUUUUUACAUCUAUCGAUGACCUUGAUUUUUAUCUCGUCGUUGGUUCAGUUUUAAUUUGCUUUUAACUCGAUUGACGCUAAAGCUAGUUAGCUGGCUAACGUCUUCAUAGGAAACAAUGACGACUCCUGCAGCUAGUAUUAGCUGCCUUACUGCAAAAGGACUGGAUAUAAGUUUGGCUGCCCUGCAGCGACAAGAUCCUUACAUUAAUAACAUUGUUGACGUGGCCAGCCAAGUUGCUCUGUAUACUUUUAACAACAGGACAAAUGAGUGGGAGAAGACAGAAGUGGAAGGCACCCUUUUUAUCUACACAAGACUUGCAUCUCCCAGGCAUGGAUUCACCAUCAUGAAUCGACUCAGCAUGGAGAAUCUAACAGAGCCCAUCACAAAAGAUUUAGACUUCCAGCUCCAGGACCCUUUUCUGCUUUACCGCAAUGCACGCUUGGUUAUCCAUGGGAUUUGGUUCUAUGAUAAGCAGGACUGUCGGCGCAUUGCUCAGAGAAUGGAGAUUUUGACUCAUCAGGAGCAGGUCCUCGCUCAGUCUCAAGGCGGAUGGUUGUCUCCUGGAGGGGCAGGAGGAGGAGGAGUUGUUGGUGGAGGAGGAAGAGGAAGCAAUCAGGCAAAGGGAGUGGACAUCAUCCAGAUGCUGACCAUUGCACGCUCAGAGUACGACAAAUCCACCUCGGAGCCGAAGGAGAUCGGUGGCAGCAGUGUUUUGAGUGGAAACCCUAAUCUGAUCAAACCAAUACCAGUUAAGCCCAACACUCAGAACAGCGAGGCUACGGAGCCCAGGACUCUCUCCUUAGCCACACUGUUUGGCUCCCAGCAUCACCACUCACCUAAAUCCGACCCCGCCCCUCCUGUGACUGCACCUACAUCCACAGGAAAGGUGGCGCGCCCACCUGUAGCCCGCACACUGACCUACGACGAUGCUGUAAACUCUGGCAGGAAUGCGACCUCGUCUUCAACAAAUGCUGCCGUCCCUGGGAGCUCAGAGGGAGGAGUCAUGCCGUUGGUUGGGGAAGAGAGUGGAAGAGUUAUAGGUCCGCCGCAGAUUCCCACCGUCGCUCAUCAGAACCAGCAUCAACACUGUCCAGCCAUCGCAAAGCUCAUGCAGGGACAGAGGGGAGCUGCAGGUGUUGGUGGCGUUCUCCACACCGUGCCAGAGUCCCCAGAGAUGCCAGAGUCCCCAGAGAACCGUCUGUGUGACAACGGGGUGCCGCUUGAACAUCACCUCCACCAUCACCAUCCGUACCACCACCAUCAUCACGAGCCCCAGUCCUAUCCCCAUCAGCACCAGCCAGACCCAAUUAAAAGACUUUUGCAAACGCAGCCCGCCCCUCUGCUUGCCACCUCCUCCCAUUGUUGCUCCAACACACGUCCUCAUCUACAACAGAGCCCUCUUCUCUCCUCUCAGCCUGGAACGGUGGAGUCUGUAGCAUGUUCAAAUCUCCAAGCACAACAAAACCAUCAGGUUUUAUUCAGCCUCGCUAAAUGUCAGACAGAAACACAGAGCCAGACAUCUGCAGUGGGAACAGGUCCGUCCCCUCAGAUGCAAGGUGUGGUGUCGCCUCACGAGCUCCUCCAAAAGCUCCAGCUGGUCCAGCAGGAACAGAACCUGCCCUCUCACGAUCUUCACCGGCCCUUCCCAGCACUGGCACCUCAUUUCCAGGGGUCCAGUCAGGAACGGGAAGCAGCCUCUUUAGGGCAGAUACCACCCACACCAUCAACUGGUCAAAAGGCUGCCCUGCAGUUUCAGGUCAUCUCUCCUCAGCGGAUACCUGCCACAGUGGCCCCCACUAUGCUCCUCUCUCCCAGUGUGUUCGCCCAGACAAAGUCUAGUGGCGGCUUUCCAGCCAUCUCUGCAGAGAGCUGCCCCGCACCUGCAGCCCGGUCCAGACCCCUGUUGCAGGAGGAAAGAGCCCUUUCUAAAAGCCAGCUUCAGGCAGCACUGCUUCAUCUGAUCCAGACUGACGGCUCAUUCCUGGACUCCAUCUAUGAAGCAUACGUCAGCCGCUUUGCAAACGGCUCCAGCAGCAAGUACUGAUGACUCGUCACACCCGCCCCCUGCCCAAAGUCUUACUCUGACAGUUUAACACUUCCUCCUGCAAAUCACACACUUUGCAUCUCCUCUGCGCUGUGUGGACAGUGAGUCUGACUCGGAUCACUUCAAGCCACUCUAUGUGCAAAACAUACAAAAAUGAACCGGUAUCAGAAACGUUGUACAUAUCAAAAUUAGAUUAACAGCAAGCUGCACGCAUUUUUCAGCUCAUGUGUAGCAAGAUUUGUACUUCCUGUCUUAAAGGAGUUUAUUUUUUUCGCACCAGCCAGCUUACUGAGCUCUGAAACAACAACAGGUUUUAAGACAUUUAAAAUGUGAUUUGAAGUAUUUUACAUUUUUAUAAUUCCUUCAUUGGGGAUCUUUAUUUUGGAAUGCUGUCACCUUAAAUGUCUUCAUUUUGCAAGCAAAAAGUUAGCACGCUGAGGAUGAGCAACUCUCCAGAAAAAUAUAUUUUUUCAUAGUUAAUUUUUGCAAAUGGGAUUUUUGUUUUUCAGUGCACUUUGUAACUCAGCAAGUUUGACUCUUGUUCAUCCAAUUUUAAUUGCUAGAAGAUAAAAACAUGAAAGAAAUGCAAUCAAACUUGAAAAUGACAGGAAACUGUUAAACUGCACUACCUCACAGGAAGCUAAAUCUGGUUUUAUGGCCAUAUUCAUUAAAUCUAUUUAUCAUUGCUCAAACGUUUUUAAACACACUUAAAUACCACUCGUUUAUUUUUUAUUUUUUUUGUUAUUCACUGGGAUUUUUUCAUGUUACAGAUUCAAGAAGGGUAAAAAACAAAUUCAUACAAAUUACAGGAACUCUGCUUUAAAAAGCAGGUAACUACAAGAGUAUUUGGUGUUCUCAGUGAUCAGACAGAACACUUAGACUGAAGGGACUCUUCAGAGCACUGUUAAAACUAAACGCUCACUACAAACUCACAUUUUUUCACUCUGAGCCUCAGCGUGUCGUUCUGCAGCUCAGCAGCAGUGGUCUGCAUUUGCUUUUAAACUUGUACUUAUCCAGUCUAAACAGUAGCAGUCAGGCUAAAGCAGAAGAUGUUUAUCAAAAAGAUUAUUUUUGUACUGUGGAAGGAAAACAUGAACCUAAUUCUCCAAAUGCAAACAGCCAGCAUGUUGCAGCAGAAUAUAAAGCCACAAUUUUAAUGAAACGCCAUGAUUUAGCAAGUUAUGUGUUUAUAUUUUCGAUUGUUGUGACAAUGUUGUUUUACAUGAAUGAUAAUCUAAUUGUCAUUAGAAUAUAAAUUGAAUUGUUUCCACAGAAGGUCCUUCUUGUCUGGAAUGUUUACUGUUAAACUGAAAUAAAUAUUUUCAUUGGCUAAUAAACGUUCCACUCCA